AUGCACAAGAAUGCUACUAAGAAUAAAGAUAAUCAAGGGAAUCUUUCCAGCGCUCAAAUUCUACCCGACUGGAUAGAGUAUACCAUAUCUUCUCGCACAAAUGAAAAAAAUAUGAAAACGGAAAGGAAGAAGGCAGAUCAGAUAGUCUCGUCUCCCAUAGAACUCAUUGAAAAAAUUAACUGUGGCUCUUCCUCGAACAAAACACCACGAGAUGUAGUAGCUACUGGUAAGAUCGACCCAUUGGCGUCAGAAAAAAGUAAUGAACUCUCAACUAGAUCUCAGCACCAAUCUCUGGUGACAAGCAGGUCUCACACAGGGGUGUCUACAUCGACAGGCGAGAUAUCCUUGGAGGGGUUGGCUAAUCUUAAACACUUGAAGCGAUCCAAGUCUUCAGCAUAUGGCCCAGUUUUGCAGGUAUUUCCAGCCGACAAUAUUGGCUACGCAAAUUCUGUCGAGAGACUUCAGUCUAGGACUAAAAACCAAAGGAUAAUCGGGAGUUUAGAAGAUCAUUAUUCUCCGAGUAUAUUUCCCGAGAGGAGUGCAACAUUUUCUAGUAAGUGUUGCCAAUCUCUGCAAAUUAUAUCUGGGGAAAAGAAAUUACACGCAAAAAGAAGUUUGACAGGAGCAUCGAAGAGAGAAACCAAUCGACCCGAUGUAACAGCUGAGUCUCCAAAUCAGUUGAGCGAAUUUCACCUCAUGCCAGGCAGUACUAACCUUCAAUCGCAUGUUCAUAAUACUAAUACGGAGAGGUCUCUAAAACACGAUGCGUGGCAAGAGUCUAAAAUAAAUCUUUGGGGAUCUGAUCAAGAGCAGAAUAAUUCUAGAUCUUGGGAUCCUUUACGUUUACAAUGGCUCGAAAGACUCAGUCAUAAAAAUAAGGUGGCUUAUUUUCGAGCCACUAACUUUGAAGUUGAUGGGAAACUUGCUCCGAGUCUCUUAUGCAGUCAAGCAUUUCCAGUAAAUUCAUCAAAAAAUAUUAAGGGCCUAAAGUUCACUCUAUUUCCCUUAUUGCCAGCAGAGAUACGGAAUCAGGUUUGGGAAUGUGCUAGACAAAAUUGCUCAAGCUCUUGUUAUGUACAGCUGGAUGUAAAGCAGGCACCAGGCGGCACGUAUCAAAAAAUUCGAGGCAAACUAGAGCUUGUACCCCAUCCGAUCCUGGACGCAAAAUUUACCUAUCUUUACAAUAUUCCUGGUUUAUUUGGAGCCUGUCGGGAAUCACGCUCAAUCGUAAAUGAGUUUUAUGGAAGACCAAAGUUAAUUGCGUAUAAUAGAGAAACAAAGAAACCUUAUCCGAGUGGUCAAGGCAGUUGUAGGCUUAAUUAUGAACAUGAUCGUUUAUUUAUUAUUACGCGCGGAACAACGACACAGCUACCAGAGUUUCUUGACUUAAUGAAACGCGAGGAGCAGGUCCGAAUUAAGCAUAUUGCCAUUCCUCUAAAAGAUUAUUUCCUCGAAGCAUCCAAAGUUGUUCACAACAUUGCGCGUCUAACUAACCUAGAGACUCUUGAUUUGAUAAUCGGAGAUGGAAAAGACGAUCUGAGGCAGAUUGGCAGCAAGGAUUAUGGUCAUCGGUUUGAGAAAUCUUUGAGAAAGUAUCACAAGAUUGAAGAUUUACAGCGGAAGGAGAAACAUAGAAAUCGGUGGUUGAUUCCUAAAGUAAAAAUUGAGUAUGUGAACGAGAUACAGGCGCGUAUCUGGGGUAUUGACUGUCUUCAAUGGGAUCGCACUACAAGGCCUAUACGGUAUUAG